AUGUCUACAAUAUCAAAUGUUAUUAGACAAGUGUUUGAGUUGGGAGAUCUAGAAACUGUGCAGUGUCAUGGUAAACAAAGAAAGAAAAUCGAGUUCAGCUUGAGAGACAUCAGUGAUCAAAAGAUAGCUUUCUGCCUUUGGGGAAAGUUUGCUGAAGCAAUACACAGUUUCAGCCAACAAGCUGAAGAAGAAAUUAAAGACAUUGGAGAGCUUCUUGCAUCAACUCAGAUUGGGCAAUGCAGAAUCAUUAGCACAAUCUAUGCUAUUGAUAAGGAUUGGGGAUGGUACUAUUUUGGAUGCAAUGCUUGCGAGGGAAAAAAGGUUCUUCCGUUUUCAACUUCAGUGAAAACAGUGAACGGAAAAGAGACUAAAUCUCAUGUUUGGUGGUGUGAAGGUUGCAACCAAAAAAUUACAGAUGUCUCACCAAAGUUCAAGAUUCAUGUGAUGGUUAAGGAUGGUACUGGAGAAGCUACCCUCAUGUUAUUGGACUGGACUGCACAAGGAAUUGUGCCUGAGACUGCUCUCAACCUUCUCGAUGAAGAUAUUGAUUCAUUUCCUGAAGCUAUUACUUCUUUGGUUGGUAGAACUUUCAUGUUUGGAGUUUUCAUUGAGAAAGACAAUAUUACAAGCAAAAGUGGGAAUUUUAAGGUUGGUAAAGUAUGGGGUGAACUAAGUAUGCUAUUGACAGCUGGUGUCACAGAAUCGAGUACUCCAUCUGAAACUGGAACUACUAAUUAUAGUGGUGAACAGGGUUCAUUUCUACUGAUGGAAAGUGAAGUUAACGAGGACUCUGUAACAACCCAUCAACUAAACGCAAUGAAAUUGCCGUAA